GAUUUGAUUUGAUUUGAUAACAAAUAUAGAUAUAACAAAUUAUGACAACAGCAGCACGACCAACUUUUGAUCCUGCCAGGGGUGGAACUCAAAAAUCUGAAGGAAACUUGUCAGUUUUGUCAAAGCAAUAUUCAAGUAGGGAUCUUCCGUCGCACACAAAGCUUAAAACAAGGCAAACUGGUCAAGAUACUACUGAAGAACUUCGAAGUCGUGAUUUUAAAAGAGAUUUAACUGACAGAGAGAGAGCAGCUCGUGAAAGUAAAAAGUCACGUCCUGAAAACUUGUCAUCAUCAUCAUCGUCAUCAAAGCGACCGCGCAUUGAGCAAAUUUCUACUGCAAAUCUUGAUGCUGAUGACCCAUUAGAUGAUGAAGAAGGGUCAGAUGAUAGUGAUGAAGACGAUACUGCUGAAUUACUUGCUGAGCUACAGAGAAUAAAAAGAGACAGAGCUGAAGAAUUAAUGAAAAAAGAACAAGAAAAGCGUCAAGAAGAAGAAAGAAUUCGUACUGAAAAUCUUCUUACAGGAAAUCCACUUCUUCAAAAUAACCAACAGAUGACAGGGGAUUUCAAUGUAAAGAGGAGAUGGGAUGACGAUGUUGUGUUUAAAAAUUGUGCAAAAGAUGAUGACAAGCCUAAGAACAAGGGUUUUAUUAACGAUACACUUCGCUCUGAGUUUCACAAGCGUUUUAUGGAUAAAUACGUAAAGUAGAAACUAUCAUGCAAUGGGAUUAUGCAGUUACGAAAGGAACAUAAAAGUUCAAAACUGCGAUCAUUCUGUGUUAGGCGAGCUACACAGUUAGUCUUCAUUAAGUUAACUAUUGAAGCAUGAGAUUGUUGAAAAAUAAAUGUUUAAACAUGUAAACAUGUCUGUUGUGGACUGUGUUUGGAACUUUUUUGCUUUAAUAAUUUGUCAACUUUAACUUAUUAAAAUUUAAUACUAUUA